UAGUCUAGUUGCCUCGUGUCCUCAACGAGGCCAGCACGUUGUUGCCAUAGUUUACAGCUCAUCUACUGUAUCUUUUUUUUUUCUUCCUUCUCUACGUGCACUGGGUCGAGCUUGUAGUGUGCCAUGGAGAGACACAACAACCUGCACGAACAGUUGUUUGCGAUGGGAAGCGCCACGCCCCCACCUCAGUCUCAACUGUUCACCAUGAAUCCUGCAAACCAGCCCAAGUCCUCCUCGUCCUCCCCAAACAACCUCGAAUCGCUCUUCCAGUCCAUCGCUAGCCAGCAGAUGUCCGAGCCGUCGUCUACUUUUACCUCAAACUCUGCUCCAGCAACCCCAGCCAUGGCCACAACAACAUCGGAAGACAACGCCCCACCGGGCCCCACCUCAACCGUAUCUACUGCUGACAGACAGAGCGCCCUUCUCUCUCUGCUCUACCCUGCUGCUGGCUCAAACCCAGUCCACCAGUCGUCUCAGCCUCCUCUGAUGCCCGCUCCCCCUGCACCCCAACAGGUGCCCACCCCCCCCGCAUCAUCUGGGCGGACUGGCCAGUCUCCCUCCAACUCCAGCGAGGCACAGGGAAAAAUCCUGCUCGAACAGCUCAUGUCAGGUGCUGCCCCCCGUUCAAACUACUCGGAGCCUGCCCCUCCUGCUUCGACGCUGCCUCCGGCGUCUUCCGCUCCUAUGCACCCUCCGGCCCCUGAGUCCUACCUGCCUACAGAGGGUCCAUACGUUCCUCGGGAGACUCCACGUGACCUUCCCCACCCAAUGCCGCUGCCGCAGGCCCAGCAGCCCGCUCCUCCUUCACCGCCCAAGCCUAUGUUUGAUUUCGUUUCUCCCUUCGACGCUUUCACCGCUAGUUCACCCCCUGCCGUCAAAAAGAAACCCGUUCCUGCUGGCCCACCGAGCGCAUCCAGCGGAAACGAGGAUUCCUGGACCUCAGCCUCUCUUGGUUCCCUCGGUGCAGACCCGAAACGCAAAUCCGUCGAAAACCUCAUCGAUCAGCUCACAAGGGGCCAGGUGCCCUACGGUCCUGGUCAACCUCCGUCACCGACUUAUGAUCCUUACAAUACUGCCGACGAGUACUCCCAGGUGGAGGCCAACCAGCCCACUCCUCAGCAGCAACGAGCAAUUCCCCCUCCUCCCCCGCUUCCGCCGAAGCCUGGUCGUGAAUCAUCUCCCAGGGCGUCGCCACCCAAGCUUUCACAACAACAGCAGCCACAGCAACAACACCGUCCACAGGGACGAUCGACUGAAUCUCCCGUUGGUCAGCCAGCGCCUCCCUCUCGGAAGGACAAGGAUGGUUCUCCAGGCCCGCGUCCGACCUGGAAGAAUGAUGGCCGUGCUAAAGGCGGGGUCAAGGGCAAAGUCCAGACAAGUCCCCCUGCGCAACCUCAAACCAUCAUUUUUGAUGUCUCGCAGCUUCUGGACGAGGUCCAGGCCCCCCGUGAUACUGUCAAGUCCACUGCGAUCGCGUUGGUCAAGCAAGACUUUGUCUUCCUCCCAGGUACGACAAUCGGUGCGACUCACUGGAUUGCGUAUGCCAUGACUAGGGGUCGCGUGCGCGUGAUCUCACGCUCCAGUGGCGAUCGCACUUUGCUGCAGCUGCCCACCGUGUUCGCACCGUCAACGCAGGUAGUUGACAUGGCCGUGUACGGAAACAGGCUUGCAGGUGUGACGUCUGACGGUGGCUUCGUCGUUUGGGAGUUGCCCGAAGUCAUAACAGAUGAUGUUCCUGGCCGUUUGUUACUCUGUGUGGUGCCUAGCGCGGAUGCCGACCCGUUGCACUCUGUCAAGUGGCACCCCAACCAACCCGACACGUUGGCUGUUGCUUCCGAGACCAAGAUGUAUUUGUUGGAUCUUGCGGACGCCGCGCGUACCUUCCGAGGCGAACCCCUGCCACAGGUUGAGCUCAACCGUAUUGCUCAGGUCUUCACCGUCCCCUCGCGCCUGGUUGCCUUUGAUUUUGAUGUCCCUCACUUUGCAUUGGCCACUGUUUCUGAGGACUCUACGCUCACAUUGUGGAAUUUCGCGGGGAGGAUAGUUCCUUCAUCCUUGACCUUCAUCGAGGACGGUAUCGUCAUCGGUCGGAAGAACGGUACUAUCUUCCAACUGUUGUCCGUCAUUUCCAAGAACGUCCUAUCGACUCUCAAGUUCGUCAACGGUACCAAGGAAGACCCUGACAUGUUCGGUCACGUUAAUUAUGAUUCUCGCAUUCAGACUUUGUGGGUGGCCAACAGUCGCAGGGAUAGCUUGAUCGCCGUGAAGAUUGGCUUUGAUGUUUCCGCUUCUCCUUCUGGCGACCUUGUUCGAGGUGGCUUCUUCGAACAAGUUGUCGAAUUUUCUGGACCGAAGCCGACGAUUCACUUCGUCAUCCUUUCGGCUGACGCGGAUCCAACUGGAGAAGAGGCACAUGCGGCAUGUAUCGCUGCCAAAGUUCCUCCUGGCGAGCUUGCUCUCGUCGCUUUCUCUGUCCAUUCGACCGGUGUUGAUCAGGUUCUCGUGCGUAAGGAAUGGUACGAUAACGCGCUUAACAAUGCGGUUUCCAAGUUCCCGCCGUACGUUCAUCCCCAGCUCCCUGCUCCUGCUCCCGUGGAGAUCAAGCCUACCAGACACGUGGGACAAGGCCCUCCUAGUGUUGCACCCCUCCCACAGCAGCAGCCUGCACCUAUGUUAUCACAUGCCAGAGCGCGCACGCCGCCUUCCGAGGAGCUGGAUUCGGAGAUGGCACGCGAAGAAGUUCGGGCGGCGGAAGCCAAAGGAAAGAAUGCCAAGGGCAAGAACGUUGCCUUCAGAGAUAGAGAUGAGCGGGAGAAGAACAAGAUCGAUGCUGGAUUCAUUGAGCGAUUCUGCGAGGAGAGUCUCCACAACCAGAUGGACAAGCAAAAUUCGCGUUUCGAGGAAGCACGUGCUCACGAGCAAGCUGAGGACUUCAACCGCCAGGAGAAGAUCCUCAAGUUGAUCUCUACCGAACUUACGAGGAACACAACCCGCGUGGUGGAGAUGGCUGUGAAGGCAGAAGUUCAGAACUCUGUCCUCCCAGCUUUGGAGCACAUUACAAGGACCGAAGUUCGCGCUGCGCUUAAUGAACACUGUGGGACGUGGCUUGACGGAAAUCUCACCAUUGAGAUGGAGAAGUUGUUGCUCCGUCCUGACAUCUCUACCCAUUUCGCUAGCAUUCUAUCUAACAAUCUUAACCCGCUGAUCGAGCGAUAUGUCAAGGACUCGGUGUCGAAAUCUUUCCUGCCUGCGUAUUCACAGCAGACAUCAGCAAUGCACCAGGACAUCCUCCGCGAAAUGAGGACCGAGAUUUUGAACGUGAAGAAGGAUUCUAUGACAUGGCAAACCGAAGCCGCUCGAAGCCAGGAGGCGUUGAUUCGAGAACUUGAACAUUCGGUUAGGAUAUUGUCUGAUCAAGUCAAGUUCCUGACGAUGAAUGCGUCGACCUUGUCCGUCGCACACCACAGGGUGGCAGGUGGUGGUUCCCCAGUUCCAUCGGUGGCCAGUAUGAGUUCGAUCGCAGCUCAGCCGCUGCACCGCCAGCAGCUUCCGACGACCCAACCAGCGACCUACACCACUCAAGCCACUACUACGAGUUAUUCACAGCCGACGCAGCCAGCUUCUAUCCACGGAUCGUGGUACUCUUCCCCUACCAUUGCAGCACCUCAGGCGUCCCACCCAAUUGCGCCUCCCCCGCCCCCACCUGCUCCGGCUUCUCAACGCUCUCCACCAACCCAACCUCAACGUGAGGAAUGGGAUGACACUUACCUGUCCGUGUUGAGCACCCAGGAUCCUAAACAGCUGCGGGAAUUACUGGCACGGUCAAAUCCAGAAAUCGUCAUGCCGUUGAAUGGCCCGGGACCCUUGUCGCAGGCUGUAAUCUUAACUUUGCUGCAUCGCCUCGCCGCCACUGUGGGAGAGACUCCGCCAGUCGAUGAAUCGUUCAAAUCGGCCCUGUGGUGGCUCCAGCGUGCAGCUACUGUAUUAAAUAUCAACGAGCCUCUUAUUUCACCCUACGUGGCUCGUGUUGUGCCGAAUGUCAAGGCCAUGCUGAACACCAUCAAACAGCGUCUAUCGAUUCUCCCCGGUCCUCCACAGCUGAUGGACUCUGUUAGAACGAUUUCUGAUAUUCAAUGAUACUCUUACUCGCAAGCAAACAUAAGGGAGGAAAUGAAGAAUGUUGUUGUGAAAGUGCCGAAAAUAUUCGUCCUUGUUUCCGUGUAUAUCUUACUAGUUGUUUUUUGUUUCUCUUCUCUCCGAUGCUCAUGCAUGCAUCCACGAUCGACCCGCAGGCUGUGGUUUUUACUUCAUGAAAUGACUUUUCACGUUCACAUUACGCUUUGUUAUUCCGAAAUGUUCUAUCGUUCCUGGUGAUACGUAAUGCCAUCUACAAAUCCCGUCAUGUGUCGUCGUAUGCAGUUAGUGCAGACCAUGACUCUAUGUCCAGCUGGGUGCCAC